GUUCAAAGCAGCACCUACUCUCAGGACAUGAGAAAGACGAGGAUGCUGCUUACAUGGGUGAUGCCAUGGUUCGCCCUCUGCACUGGACUAUCAUCAGCAAUCACUGUGAUGGUACAGUCAGUGGCCAAAAAACCAUUGAUCACAGAAAUGACAGUCGCUCACAAUGAGCAGUACUGCAGUACAUGGGGAAACUACCAUUUCAAGACAUUCGAUGGAGAUUUCUUCCAGCUUCCCUCCACUUGUAACUACAUCCUUACUUCCAACUGUAAGGACAGUUAUGAGGAUUUCAAUAUUCAGCUCCAGCGCCAGGAGAUAAAUGGGGUCACCACCAUUAAGAAGGUCACUAUGAAGCUGGAUGGGACCUGGGUGGAGUUAUCCAACUCUUCCAUCACUGUCAAUGAUAAACCGGAAACAGUACCAUUCAACAAUUAUGGCGUUGUGAUUGAAAGGGGUAUCUCCUAUAUCAAGGUUAAAACCGAUGUGGGCUUGGUUGCCAUAUGGAAUGAAGAUGACUCCUUCUCGGUUGAGAUGGAUACAAAACUCAGGAAUCAGACAUGUGGCUUGUGCGGGGACUUCAAUGGAGUCCAGAUAUAUGAUGAGUUCAUUGACAUGGGGGAUCGCGUGGGUGUCGAAGAAUAUGGAGAAAAAUGGAAAGUCAACAGUGACUGUGAAGACAUCUCAACUCAGCCAGACUGUCAAGAACAGGCAAGCCUCUGCGAGACCAUCCUGUCAGGACCAGCAUUCCUCAGCUGUAAAGACCUGGUUGAUACUCAUGCCUUCAUCAGGGCUUGUGUGAAGGACCUGUGCCACUGUGGAAACACCAGUAUGUCAUGCCUGUGUCCCACCAUUUCAGAGUAUUCCCGUCAGUGCGCCCACGCGGGUGGGAAACCACAGAACUGGAGGACUGAUCAACUGUGUGCAAAAACAUGUCCAAAAACUAUGGAGUACAAUGAGUGCGGGAAUCCCUGCACAGACACCUGUAGCAACUCGGAGAGAAGCGAGUUGUGUGAAGAUCACUGUACAGAAGGCUGCUUCUGCCCAUCUGGAACUGUCUUUGAUGAUAUUACACAGAAUGGGUGUGUUCCUGUUGAACAGUGCCACUGCCUGCACAAUGGGGAGUCAUACAAACCCGGGGAAACAUACUCAAGGGCAUGCCAGAAUUGUACUUGUAACCAGGGUAAAUGGAGCUGUGAUGAUAAGGACUGCCCUGGGACCUGCUCCAUACUAGGUGGCUCUCACAUCUCAACCUUUGAUGACAAAACAUACACCUUCCAUGGAGAUUGCUCUUACACCCUAUCCAAGGAAAUUCAUGGGACUUUCACAGUCACUGGUGACCUGGUAAAAUGUGGAAAAACUGAUAAAGAGACUUGCCUGGAAGCAAUUACUCUAUCACUUCCCAAGCAUGUGGUGAUUGUAGUUGAAGCUAGUGAAAGGGUCCUUUAUAAUAAACAGAUUUCGCAGUUGCCACUUAUUAUAGAUGAUGUAACAGUCCUCAAACCAUUAACAUUCUACAUUAUUAUCCACACCACCUAUGGACUAACUGUUGAGAUACAGCUCAAACCCAUAAUGCAGGUCUUUAUCAGACUCAGUUCUUCUCAUAAAAGAAGAAUUUACGGAUUGUGUGGAGAUUUUAAUGAUGUGGAAUCUGAUGACUUCAAAACCAUUAAUGGACUGAUUGAGGGAACAGCUGUGACAUUUGCCAACAGUUUGAAGGCCAAAACAAACUGCCCGGAUGUGACAAACACAUUUGGGGAUCCUUGUAGUUUGAAUAUAGAAAAGGAUAAACAUGCCAGUCACUGGUGCUCCUUGUUGACAGACCAAAAAGGGAUUUUUUCCCAGUGCCAUGCUGAAAUACACCCAGAUGUCUAUUACACUUCUUGCAUUUAUGACACCUGUGCCUGUGAAAGGAGUGAAGACUGCAUGUGUGCUGCCAUAUCCUCCUAUGUCCAUGCAUGUGCUGCUGCAGGUGUCAUGCUCAAAGGAUGGAGAAACGUCACUUGCAGCAAAUACUCCACUGACUGCCCUGCUAAGAUGGUGUAUCGCGACAGAAUGACUGGCUGUGGCCGCACAUGUCGCUCUCGCAACCCAUUGGACAUAACAUGUCAGAUUAACUUUACCUCGGUUGAUGGUUGUGACUGUGAUGAAGGAACUUACCUUAACGAAAAAGGGGAGUGUGUGACAGCCUCACAUUGCCCUUGCUAUGCAGGAGACUUGAUUAUGCAUUCUGGACAGGUCGCCAAGAUCAAUGGAAAAACUUGCUCUUGCAAAAGUGGAAAAUUAAGCUGUUCUGGACACCCUGUCACUGAAUCAUGCACUGCUCCAAUGGUUUUCUUCAAUUGCUCAAGUGCAAAACCAGGUGCCAAGGGAUCUGAAUGCCAGAGGAGUUGCCAGACUCUGGACCCAGACUGUAGCAACACAGUGUGUGUCUCUGGCUGUGUAUGUCCUGCUGGCUUGCUGUUAGAUGGUAAAGGAGGCUGUGUUACGGAGGACGACUGUCCCUGUCUACACAAUGGUGAUUCCUACCAGCCGGGAGACACUAUCAAAGUGGACUGUAAUAACUGCACUUGCUCAAGGAGAAAAUGGAAUUGUACCACUCAUGAGUGUGACGGGACCUGUACCAUAUAUGGAGAAGGGCAUUACAUCACUUUUGAUGACAAAAAGUUCUCUUUUAGUGGUGUCUGUGGCUACGUCUUUGCUCAGGAUAACUGUGGGAACCACACGGAUGGAACCUUCAAAGUUCUAACUGAGAGCAUUCCUUGUGGAACUUCUGACAGCAUCUGCUCCACUGUUAUCAAGCUCUUCCUAGGGGACAAAGAAAUUUUCCUGUCCGAGGAAAAUAUCAAAGUAAUUAAACAAAGCAAAGGAGAGGAUAUAUCCUAUAAGGUUCACACGAUUGGCAUAUAUCUGGUCAUUGAGGCCAGCAAUGGUCUGAUUCUCAUCUGGAAUAAGAAGACAACGCUAAUGAUCAAACUCAGCUCUGACUUCAAAGGAAAAGUUUGUGGUCUUUGUGGGAAUUAUGAUGGAAAUAUCAAGAAUGACUUCACCACCAGAAACAAAGAAGUUGUGGUAGAACCUGUUGAGUUUGGUAACAGCUGGAAAGACUCACCCGAAUGCCCUAAUACUAAUGUGCCGAAAAGCCCCUGCAGAUUAUACUCACAUAGGCAGGCAUGGGCAUUGAAACACUGCAGCAUUAUCAACAGCAAAGUAUUUGCUGACUGCCAUUUGAAGGUGGCUGCCCAAAAUUAUUAUGAUGCUUGUGUGAGCGACACAUGCGCCUGCAACUCUGGAGGAGAUUGUGAGUGCUUUUGCUCAGCUGUAGCCGCCUAUGCAGCUGCUUGUAGUAAGGCUGGUGUCUGUGUGAAAUGGAGGACACCUAAAAUCUGCCCUCUGUUCUGUGACUUUUAUAACCCUUCGGGAGAGUGCGAAUGGCACUAUGAGCCUUGUGGAAAGCCAUGUAUGGAGACAUGCAGGAAUCCUUCCGGAAUAUGCUCCAGUGAAAUUCCAGCAUUAGAAGGAUGUUAUCCAAGAUGCCCUCCAGAACGACCUUAUUUAGAAGAAACUACCAUGAAGUGUGUGACAAUUAUGGAGUGUGGCUGUGAAGAUAAAGAGGGGAAUCAUUAUAAGGAAGGGCAGAAAGUACCAUCACAGGAAAAUUGUCAAACAUGUAUUUGCUCAUCAACAAAGGUGGACUGCACUUAUGAUGCUCAAGCUUGCUACUGCAUAUAUGAAGGACACAAAUACCUUCCUGGGGCCAUUAUCUACAGCACACAUGAUGGAGAUGGAACCUGUUUCACUGCUGUUUGCAAAGAAAAUGGAAUUAUUGAAAGGCUCCCAGAUUGCACAACCACAACCACCCAGCCAACUACAACACCCUUUACUUUCACAUCAUCAGGUUCUACAGUGAUCAUAACAACACCUUCGUCAACCCCUUCAACACUUUCAACAACCACCACCACAACCACCAUCACCACCACUACUGCUACCACAGCAACACCGACAACAGUACCCACUACAUACUCAACCCAAUCAAGCACCACUGUCCGUGACUGCUUUGUUUGUGAAUGGUCAGACUGGAUUAACAGUCAUUACCCGAAUAUCUCAAAUGGUGGAGAUUUUGAAACCAUAGACACAACUAAGAACCCAGAGUUGAGUGCUUGCAUCAAAAUUUCUGAAAUAGAAUGUAGAGCAAGUAAGAGCAAGGAUUUACAUUUCUCUCAGGUAGGAGAAAAGGUUACAUGUGACCUAUCAGAUGGGCUGAUCUGUCACAACCAAGAUCAAGGCAUACCACCUAUUUGUUCUGACUAUGAAAUACGAGUCAGAUGUUGCAGGUAUGCUGAUUCUUGUGUAAAUACCACUACACCAACAACAACUACAGAAAAGCCCACCACAACAACUACGACUACAACCACAACCACAGUGACCACAGAAAAGCCCACCACAACAACUACAGAAACUUCCACUACUGCGGCACCAACCACAACAAAACCUACUACAACCACUACGGAAAAGCCCACAACAACAACAACAACAAUAACAACAACAACAACAGAGAAGCCUACAAGUACCACAGGACAGGCCACAACAACAACACAAACCACAGAAAAACCUACAACAACUUCAACCAUCUCUACCACCACAACUGCAAGUACAACCGCAACCACAGUGACCACAGAAAAGCCUACCACAACAACUACAGAAACUUCCACCACUACUCCAACUACAACCACUUCCUGCUUUGUUUGUGAAUGGUCAGACUGGAUUAACAAUCAUUACCCGAAUAUCUCAAAUGGUGGAGAUUUUGAAACCAUAGACACAACUAAGAACCCAGAGUUGAGUGCUUGCAUCAAAAUUUCUGAAAUAGAAUGUAGAGCAAGUAAGAGCAAGGAUUUACAUUUCUCUCAGGUAGGAAAAAAGGUUACAUGUGACCUAUCGGAUGGGCUGAUCUGUCGCAACCAAGAUCAAGGCAUACCACCUAUUUGUUCUGACUAUGAAAUACGAGUCAGAUGUUGCAGGUAUGCUGAUUCUUGUGUAAAUACCACUACAUCAACAACAACUACAGAAAAGCCCACAACAACAACAACAACAACAACAACAACAGAGAAGCCUACAAGUACCACAGGACAGGCCACAGCAACAACAACACAAACCACAGAAAAACCUACAACAACUUCAACCAUCUCUACCACCACAACUGCAAGUACAACCGCAACCACAGUGACCACAGAAACGCCUACCACAACAACUACAGAAACUUCCACCACUACUCCAACUACAACCACUUCUUGCUUUGUUUGUGAAUGGUCAGACUGGAUUAACAAUCAUUACCCGAAUAUCUCAAAUGGUGGAGAUUUUGAAACCAUAGACACAACUAAGAACCCAGAGUUGAGUGCUUGCAUCAAAAUUUCUGAAAUAGAAUGUAGAGCAAGUAAGAGCAAGGAUUUACAUUUCUCUCAGGUAGGAAAAAAGGUUACAUGUGACCUAUCAGAUGGGCUGAUCUGUCGCAACCAAGAUCAAGGCAUACCACCUAUUUGUUCUGACUAUGAAAUACGAGUCAGAUGUUGCAGGUAUGCUGAUUCUUGUGUAAAUACCACUACACCAACAACAACUACAGAAAAGCCCACCACAACAACUGCGACUACAACCACAACCACAGUGACCACAGAAAAGCCCACCACAACAACUACAGAAACUUCCACUACUGCGGCACCAACCACAACAAAGCCCACAACAACAACAACAACAACAACAACAACAACAACAACAACAGAGAAGCCUACAAGUACCACAGGACAGGCCACAACAACAACACAAACCACAGAAAAACCUACAACAACUUCAACCAUCUCUACCACCACAACUGCAAGUACAACCACAACCACAGUGACCACAGAAAAGCCUACCACAACAACUACAGAAACUUCCACUACUGCGGCACCAACCACAACAAAACCUGUUACAACAACUACAGAAAAGCCCACGACAACAACAACAGCAACAACAACAACAACAACAACAACAACAACAACAACAACAACAACAACAGAGAAACCUACAAGUACCACAGCAACAACUACAGAAACUUCCACCACUACUCCAACUACAACCACUUCCUGCUUUGUUUGUGAAUGGUCAGACUGGAUUAACAAUCAUUACCCGAAUAUCUCAAAUGGUGGAGAUUUUGAAACCAUAGACACAACUAAGAACCCAGAGUUGAGUGCUUGCAUCAAAAUUUCUGAAAUAGAAUGUAGAGCAAGUAAGAGCAAGGAUUUACAUUUCUCUCAGGUAGGAAAAAAGGUUACAUGUGACCUAUCAGAUGGGCUGAUCUGUCGCAACCAAGAUCAAGGCAUACCACCUAUUUGUUCUGACUAUGAAAUACGAGUCAGAUGUUGCAGGUAUGCUGAUUCUUGUGUAAAUACCACUACACCAACAACAACUACAGAAAAGACCACCACAACAACUGCGACUACAACCACAACCACAGUGACCACAGAAAAGCCCACCACAACAACUACAGAAACUUCCACUACUGCGGCACCAACCACAACAAAACCUACUACAACCACUACGGAAAAGCCCACAACAACAACAACAACAACAACAACAACAACAACAACAACAACAACAACAGAGAAGCCUACAAGUACCACAGGACAGGCCACAACAACAACACAAACCACAGAAAAACCUACAACAACUUCAACCAUCUCUACCACCACAACUGCAAGUACAACCGCAACCACAGUGACCACAGAAAAGCCUACCACAACAACUACAGAAACUUCCACCACUACUCCAACUACAACCACUUCCUGCUUUGUUUGUGAAUGGUCAGACUGGAUUAACAAUCAUUACCCGAAUAUCUCAAAUGGUGGAGAUUUUGAAACCAUAGACACAACUAAGAACCCAGAGUUGAGUGCUUGCAUCAAAAUUUCUGAAAUAGAAUGUAGAGCAAGUAAGAGCAAGGAUUUAUAUUUCUCUCAGGUAGGAGAAAAGGUUACAUGUGACCUAUCAGAUGGGCUGAUCUGUCGCAACCAAGAUCAAGGCAUACCACCUAUUUGUUCUGACUAUGAAAUACGAGUCAGAUGUUGCAGGUAUGCUGAUUCUUGUGUAAAUACCACUACACCAACAACAACUACAGAAAAGCCCACCACAACAACUGCGACUACAACCACAACCACAGUGACCACAGAAAAGCCUACCACAACAACUACAGAAACUUCCACCACUACUCCAACUACAACCACUUCCUGCUUUGUUUGUGAAUGGUCAGACUGGAUUAACAAUCAUUACCCGAAUAUCUCAAAUGGUGGAGAUUUUGAAACCAUAGACACAACUAAGAACCCAGAGUUGAGUGCUUGCAUCAAAAUUUCUGAAAUAGAAUGUAGAGCAAGUAAGAGCAAGGAUUUACAUUUCUCUCAGGUAGGAAAAAAGGUUACAUGUGACCUAUCAGAUGGGCUGAUCUGUCGCAACCAAGAUCAAGGCAUACCACCUAUUUGUUCUGACUAUGAAAUACGAGUCAGAUGUUGCAGGUAUGCUGAUUCUUGUGUAAAUACCACUACACCAACAACAACUACAGAAAAGCCCACCACAACAACUGCGACUACAACCACAACCACAGUGACCACAGAAAAGCCCACCACAACAACUACAGAAACUUCCACUACUGCGGCACCAACCACAACAAAACCUACUACAACCACUACGGAAAAGCCCACAACAACAACAACAAGAACAACAACAACAGAGAAGCCUACAAGUACCACAGGACAGGCCACAACAACAACACAAACCACAGAAAAACCUACAACAACUUCAACCAUCUCUACCACCACAACUGCAAGUACAACCGCAACCACAGUGACCACAGAAAAGCCUACCACAACAACUACAGAAACUUCCACCACUACUCCAACUACAACCACUUCCUGCUUUGUUUGUGAAUGGUCAGACUGGAUUAACAAUCAUUACCCGAAUAUCUCAAAUGGUGGAGAUUUUGAAACCAUAGACACAACUAAGAACCCAGAGUUGAGUGCUUGCAUCAAAAUUUCUGAAAUAGAAUGUAGAGCAAGUAAGAGCAAGGAUUUACAUUUCUCUCAGGUAGGAAAAAAGGUUACAUGUGACCUAUCAGAUGGGCUGAUCUGUCGCAACCAAGAUCAAGGCAUACCACCUAUUUGUUCUGACUAUGAAAUACGAGUCAGAUGUUGCAGGUAUGCUGAUUCUUGUGUAAAUACCACUACAUCAACAACUACAGAAAAGCCCACAACAACAACAACAACAACAACAACAACAACAACAGAGAAGCCUACAAGUACCACAGGACAGGCCACAACAACAACACAAACCACAGAAAAACCUACAACAACUUCAACCAUCUCUACCACCACAACUGCAACUACAACCACAACCACAGUGACCACAGAAAAGCCCACCACAACAACUACAGAAACAACCGAAAAAAUUAUUACAAAUACAGUAGCUAACACAACAUCGGCACCAGCACAGCCCCAGGUCAAAAAUACUACUUUGUCAGAGACAACCACAUUAAGUCAAACAACAACUUCAGCCAUCUCCACCACCACAAGUGCAACCACAACCACAGAGACCACAGAAAAGCCUACCACAACAACUACAGAGACCUCCACCACUACAGCAACAAGCACAACAAAACCUACUACAACUACAGAAAAGCCCACCACAACAACUACAGAAACUUCCACUACUGCGGCACCAACCACAACAAAACCUACUACAACCACUACGGAAAAGCCCACAACAACAACAACAACAACAACAACAACAACAACAACAGAGAAGCCUACAAGUACCACAGGACAGGCCACAACAACAACACAAACCACAGAAAAACCUACAACAACUUCAACCAUCUCCACCACCACAACUGCAAGUACAACCGCAACCACAGUGACCACAGAAAAGCCCACCACAACAACUACAGAAACUUCCACCACUACUCCAACUACAACCACUUCCUGCUUUGUUUGUGAAUGGUCAGACUGGAUUAACAAUCAUUACCCGAAUAUCUCAAAUGGUGGAGAUUUUGAAACCAUAGACACAACUAAGAACCCAGAGUUGAGUGCUUGCAUCAAAAUUUCUGAAAUAGAAUGUAGAGCAAGUAAGAGCAAGGAUUUACAUUUCUCUCAGGUAGGAAAAAAGGUUACAUGUGACCUAUCAGAUGGGCUGAUCUGUCGCAACCAAGAUCAAGGCAUACCACCUAUUUGUUCUGACUAUGAAAUACGAGUCAGAUGUUGCAGGUAUGCUGAUUCUUGUGUAAAUACCACUACACCAACAACAACUACAGAAAAGCCCACCACAACAACUACGACUACAACCACAACCACAGUGACCACAGAAAAGCCCACCACAACAACUACAGAAACUUCCACUACUGCGGCACCAACCACAACAAAACCUACUACAACCACUACGGAAAAGCCCACAACAACAACAACAACAACAACAACAACAACAACAACAGAGAAGCCUACAAGUACCACAGGACAGGUCACAACAACAACACAAACCACAGAAAAACCUACAACAACUUCAACCAUCUCUACCACCACAACUGCAAGUACAACCGCAACCACAGUGACCACAGAAAAGCCUACCACAACAACUACAGAAACUUCCACCACUACUCCAACUACAACCACUUCCUGCUUUGUUUGUGAAUGGUCAGACUGGAUUAACAAUCAUUACCCGAAUAUCUCAAAUGGUGGAGAUUUUGAAACCAUAGACACAACUAAGAACCCAGAGUUGAGUGCUUGCAUCAAAAUUUCUGAAAUAGAAUGUAGAGCAAGUAAGAGCAAGGAUUUACAUUUCUCUCAGGUAGGAGAAAAGGUUACAUGUGACCUAUCAGAUGGGCUGAUCUGUCGCAACCAAGAUCAGGGCAUACCACCUAUUUGUUCUGACUAUGAAAUACGAGUCAGAUGUUGCAGGUACGCUGAUUCUUGUGUAAAUACCACUACACCAACAACAACUACAGAAAAGCCCACCACAACAACUACAGAAACUUCCACUACUGCGGCACCAACCACAACAAAACCUACUACAACCACUACGGAAAAGCCCACAACAACAACAACAACAACAACAACAACAACAACAGAGAAGCCUACAAGUACCACAGGACAGGCCACAACAACAACACAAACCACAGAAAAACCUACAACAACUUCAACCAUCUCUACCACCACAACUGCAAGUACAACCGCAACCACAGUGACCACAGAAAAGCCUACCACAACAACUACAGAAACUUCCACCACUACUCCAACUACAACCACUUCCUGCUUUGUUUGUGAAUGGUCAGACUGGAUUAACAAUCAUUACCCGAAUAUCUCAAAUGGUGGAGAUUUUGAAACCAUAGACACAACUAAGAACCCAGAGUUGAGUGCUUGCAUCAAAAUUUCUGAAAUAGAAUGUAGAGCAAGUAAGAGCAAGGAUUUACAUUUCUCUCAGGUAGGAAAAAAGGUUACAUGUGACCUAUCAGAUGGGCUGAUCUGUCGCAACCAAGAUCAAGGCAUACCACCUAUUUGUUCUGACUAUGAAAUACGAGUCAGAUGUUGCAGGUAUGCUGAUUCUUGUGUAAAUACCACUACACCAACAACAACUACAGAAAAGCCCACCACAACAACUGCGACUACAACCACAACCACAGUGACCACAGAAAAGCCCACCACAACAACUACAGAAACUUCCACUACUGCGGCACCAACCACAACAAAACCUACUACAACCACUACGGAAAAGCCCACAACAACAACAACAACAACAACAACAACACCAACAACAACAGAGAAGCCUACAAGUACCACAGGACAGGCCACAACAACAACACAAACCACAGAAAAACCUACAACAACUUCAACCAUCUCUACCACCACAACUGCAAGUACAACCGCAACCACAGUGACCACAGAAAAGCCUACCACAACAACUACAGAAACUUCCACCACUACUCCAACUACAACCACUUCCUGCUUUGUUUGUGAAUGGUCAGACUGGAUUAACAAUCAUUACCCGAAUAUCUCAAAUGGUGGAGAUUUUGAAACCAUAGACACAACUAAGAACCCAGAGUUGAGUGCUUGCAUCAAAAUUUCUGAAAUAGAAUGUAGAGCAAGUAAGAGCAAGGAUUUACAUUUCUCUCAGGUAGGAAAAAAGGUUACAUGUGACCUAUCAGAUGGGCUGAUCUGUCGCAACCAAGAUCAAGGCAUACCACCUAUUUGUUCUGACUAUGAAAUACGAGUCAGAUGUUGCAGGUAUGCUGAUUCUUGUGUAAAUACCACUACACCAACAACAACUACAGAAAAGCCCACCACAACAACUGCGACUACAACCACAACCACAGUGACCACAGAAAAGCCUACCACAACAACUACAGAAACUUCCACCACUACUCCAACUACAACCACUUCCUGCUUUGUUUGUGAAUGGUCAGACUGGAUUAACAAUCAUUACCCGAAUAUCUCAAAUGGUGGAGAUUUUGAAACCAUAGACACAACUAAGAACCCAGAGUUGAGUGCUUGCAUCAAAAUUUCUGAAAUAGAAUGUAGAGCAAGUAAGAGCAAGGAUUUACAUUUCUCUCAGGUAGGAAAAAAGGUUACAUGUGACCUAUCAGAUGGGCUGAUCUGUCGCAACCAAGAUCAGGGCAUACCACCUAUUUGUUCUGACUAUGAAAUACGAGUCAGAUGUUGCAGGUAUGCUGAUUCUUGUGUAAAUACCACUACACCAACAACAACUACAGAAAAGCCCACCACAACAACUACGACUACAACCACAACCACAGUGACCACAGAAAAGCCCACCACAACAACUACAGAAACUUCCACUACUGCGGCACCAACCACAACAAAACCUACUACAACCACUACGGAAAAGCCCACAACAACAACAACAACAACAACAACAACAACAGAGAAGCCUACAAGUACCACAGGACAGGUCACAACAACAACACAAACCACAGAAAAACCUACAACAACUUCAACCAUCUCUACCACCACAACUGCAAGUACAACCGCAACCACAGUGACCACAGAAAAGCCUACCACAACAACUACAGAAACUUCCACCACUACUCCAACUACAACCACUUCCUGCUUUGUUUGUGAAUGGUCAGACUGGAUUAACAAUCAUUACCCGAAUAUCUCAAAUGGUGGAGAUUUUGAAACCAUAGACACAACUAAGAACCCAGAGUUGAGUGCUUGCAUCAAAAUUUCUGAAAUAGAAUGUAGAGCAAGUAAGAGCAAGGAUUUACAUUUCUCUCAGGUAGGAGAAAAGGUUACAUGUGACCUAUCAGAUGGGCUGAUCUGUCGCAACCAAGAUCAGGGCAUACCACCUAUUUGUUCUGACUAUGAAAUACGAGUCAGAUGUUGCAGGUACGCUGAUUCUUGUGUAAAUACCACUACACCAACAACAACUACAGAAAAGCCCACCACAACAACUACAGAAACUUCCACUACUGCGGCACCAACCACAACAAAACCUACUACAACCACUACGGAAAAGCCCACAACAACAACAACAAGAACAACAACAACAGAGAAGCCUACAAGUACCACAGGACAGGCCACAACAACAACACAAACCACAGAAAAACCUACAACAACUUCAACCAUCUCUACCACCACAACUGCAAGUACAACCGCAACCACAGUGACCACAGAAAAGCCUACCACAACAACUACAGAAACUUCCACCACUACUCCAACUACAACCACUUCCUGCUUUGUUUGUGAAUGGUCAGACUGGAUUAACAAUCAUUACCCGAAUAUCUCUAAUGGUGGAGAUUUUGAAACCAUAGACACAACUAAGAACCCAGAGUUGAGUGCUUGCAUCAAAAUUUCUGAAAUAGAAUGUAGAGCAAAGCAAGGAUUUACAUUUCUCUCAGGUAGGAAAAAGGUUACAUGUGACCUAUCAGAUGGGCUGAUCUGUCGCAACCAAGAUCAAGGCAUACCACCUAUUUGUUCUGACUAUGAAAUACGAGUCAGAUGUUGCAGGUAUGCUGAUUCUUGUGUAAAUACCACUACACCAACAACAACUACAGAAAAGCCCACCACAACAACUGCGACUACAACCACAACCACAGUGACCACAGAAAAGCCCACCACAACAACUACAGAAACUUCCACUACUGCGGCACCAACCACAACAAAACCUACUACAACCACUACGGAAAAGCCCACAACAACAACAACAACAACAACAACAACAACAACAGAGAAGCCUACAAGUACCACAGGACAGGCCACAACAACAACACAAACCACAGAAAAACCUACAACAACUUCAACCAUCUCUACCACCACAACUGCAAGUACAACCACAACCACAGUGACCACAGAAAAGCCUACCACAACAACUACAGAAACUUCCACCACUACUCCAACUACAACCACUUCCUGCUUUGUUUGUGAAUGGUCAGACUGGAUUAACAAUCAUUACCCGAAUAUCUCAAAUGGUGGAGAUUUUGAAACCAUAGACACAACUAAGAACCCAGAGUUGAGUGCUUGCAUCAAAAUUUCUGAAAUAGAAUGUAGAGCAAGUAAGAGCAAGGAUUUACAUUUCUCUCAGGUAGGAAAAAAGGUUACAUGUGACCUAUCAGAUGGGCUGAUCUGUCGCAACCAAGAUCAAGGCAUACCACCUAUUUGUUCUGACUAUGAAAUACGAGUCAGAUGUUGCAGGUAUGCUGAUUCUUGUGUAAAUACCACUACACCAACAACAACUACAGAAAAGCCCACCACAACAACUGCGACUACAACCACAACCACAGUGACCACAGAAAAGCCUACCACAACAACUACAGAAACUUCCACCACUACUCCAACUACAACCACUUCCUGCUUUGUUUGUGAAUGGUCAGACUGGAUUAACAAUCAUUACCCGAAUAUCUCAAAUGGUGGAGAUUUUGAAACCAUAGACACAACUAAGAACCCAGAGUUGAGUGCUUGCAUCAAAAUUUCUGAAAUAGAAUGUAGAGCAAGUAAGAGCAAGGAUUUACAUUUCUCUCAGGUAGGAGAAAAGGUUACAUGUGACCUAUCAGAUGGGCUGAUCUGUCGCAACCAAGAUCAGGGCAUACCACCUAUUUGUUCUGACUAUGAAAUACGAGUCAGAUGUUGCAGGUACGCUGAUUCUUGUGUAAAUACCACUACACCAACAACAACUACAGAAAAGCCCACCACAACAACUACAGAAACUUCCACUACUGCGCAGCACCAUCAUCCUCAUUCACCACCACAACUGCAACGACAACCAAAUUGA